AGAAUAUUUAAAAGGUAUAAUUCAUAAAAUAUUAUUCCAAAAAAUAACAUAAAACACAAAGCUUUCUUUUGAGCUUCAAUCAGCUGAUUGCCUAUCGAAGCAACUGUUGAAUUCGCGGCUACGGUUUCGGGAGAGUUUUCCGGGUCUUCUUCAUUCUCCGAGAGCACCGUGGGGUCUGCACUUGGAAUAAUGUGUUUCCAGCGCUACCUGGCGCAAGUCCGGACCACUUUGGGUCGGCAUCUGACAGAGGCUUCCCCGGCAGCUUGGGCUGCUGUACCGUCACAUCCUAACCGGAAAUUGCAUCUAGUGCUGGGUAAUGAAUCCUGUGACCUCGAUUCGGCCGUCUCCGCCAUGACCUUGGCCUUUAUUUACGCCCAGCGGUAUCGGGAGCACGAUUAUGUGCCAGUGCUGAACAUUCCUCGCCGGGAUUAUCCCCUGAAAACCGAAGUAGGCCAUAUGUUUGGCAAGUGUGGUAUAUCUGAGCCGGUUCUCCUCUUCCGCGAUGAUCUGCCCAAGGAGAUGACCCACGAUGUUAGCGUUAUUCUCGUGGAUCAUCAUGUGAGUUCGCUGGCGCCAAAUGUGACGCAGAUCCUGGACCACAGGCCAUUGGAUGAUGGUGCUCCAAACUAUAAACUCUUGCCCGCCAGCUGUGAAAAGAAUAUAGACCCCACCGUGGGCUCCUGUGCCACUCUGGUCGCGGAGCGUUACUUGGCCCAGAAUGAGCCACGAUCUCGUAACGUAGCAGAGCUACUCCAUGCCACAAUUGUCCUGGAUACCAUCAACUUUUCGCCAACUGCCAAGAGAUUCGGUCCGCUAGACCAGCGCAUGGUGCAGAACCUGGAGUUGGAGCUGGGUCUGGCCGAGGACCAGCGUCCUCGGCUGUUUGAUGAACUGGUGGCCGCCAGAGCCGACAUCAGCAAGCUCAAGCUGACGGAAGUGCUGCGGAAGGAUAUGAAAAUGCUUUCCACUGAUCGUCAGGAGGUUCCCCUCGCGGGAAUGCCCAUUCUCGUAAGGGAUUUUGUGGACAAAAGCGGCGCAGAGAAGGCUGUGAAGGAGUUCGCCGCAAACAGUAAUCUCCUAGUGAUCCUGGGCAUGUAUGUGAACCCCAAAGACGGCCAAGUACAGCGCGACGUGGGCCUUAUCUCUCUCUCCGCCCAGAGCCAGCUGGUAGAUCGCGUCAGGCAGGCUCUGGUGAAGUCCCGCGAUCCGGAUCUACAACUGCGACCUCACGACGUGGAAACCCACUUCAUGGGCGGCUGUUUCCUGCGUCAGGACAACGUGCAGGCCACCCGAAAGCACAUCCUGCCAAUUGUGAAGGAAGCGCUGCUCGACUGGGAGGCGGAGCAUUGCUGCGACUGUGAGGAGGUCAUCUAUUUCAAGGAGAAGCCCCAGCUGGGCCUCUAGUAGAAAAGACUUGGGUACAUCUUUAGUACACCCACUCCCAAAGGAAGUGUUCUUGUUUAAUUAAUAGAGUUAUGUACAGAUCAUACAUGGGUAAAAGAUUAAAAAAAAGAAGCUACAUUAAUAGACAAACUA